UUGUCCAAAACCCUACAUUCUGGAUGCUGCUGUUGUUGUCAGCACACCCUCAUUGUAACAUACCAAGGCUGUUUCUAUGCGAUCAUAAAUUACUAUGGGAACAAUGUCAAGAGCACAGUUAGUACGUAUACGGACGUGUAUUCCUGGUUCCAAGUGGGUUCUCUGUUCUGGGCCUUGCUGACUGGUUUGAUGCUAGAUAAAUAUGUUGCCACGGCAAGCAAAGACGACAAAGAGCGAUGUUUCGUGGUUCCAUUUUUCUUGACUGUUUUGGCAGGCGUCAUUGUAUCCAUAGCUUGUGUCAUCCCCAUUAUCGAAAUACAGUAUGUGGCCAUAUUCUUUCAUUCUGUGUUGAAAACUGGGAGUUUUGCCGUGCAUUUGGCAUACGUGAUAUCUGCGUUUCCGAAGGAACAUUUUGGAAAGGCUUUUGGCAUACAAGUCACCGUAAGUUGUUUACUGGCCUUUAUUGAACUACCAAUAUUUUCCUGGUACAAGUACAGCCUGAAAAGUGACCAACUCUGGUUGGGAGUACUGUUUCUGGGAAUAUGCUUCACGGCCAGCUGUUUGCCUUUCUAUCACCUUUGGCGUCGGUGUCGAUCCACUAGGUCUCUCAGCUACGCACGUUGUAGUGACAGGGAGACUAGAUGAUAAUAAUAAUAAUAAUAAAGUAUUUAAUAAGUAAAUCUGCAGAAGGCGCCAUCAUAUACCCAAUGUUCAACAAGACAUUCAGAGGGCAAACGGAGCCAACUUAUCCGCUUAUGAUCUCUCCGUGUUCACACGCACCAUUAAACGGAUUAAAUCGCGACCUCGAUGU